CAUCGGUAUUCCCCGCUCAGAAGGCGGCCCGUCAGUUCAACCUUAGAUGCCUCUUGGUACCCUUUCUCAAGUGACAUUCCCAUGGAAUAUACGCCGUGACUGUUUUGUUUUGGACAUCGCGGGUUUCUUUUUUCGCGCAGCCGUAGCCGUACAAAGCAAACGCGUCCUGGAUUAAAAUGUCGUAUUCUCGCGGCUACUGACUUGCCCGGCGACUCUAUCGCUUAUCGCAGUGUAGGGCGAACUCUUUACCGGGGCCGAACGCGCCCCGCUUUUGGCCCGGUGACGGUAGGCUAAAUCACGUAAAGAAAAAAAAGCCGGUUUACGGCCUCGCUGUCGUUUGAAAUCCCCGUUCGCGUUGCCGUGUGUAGGCUAGAGGCGACUCCAUGAUGUCCGGACAGCACUUCAAGGGCCAUGAAGUCAGCUGCUGCAUCAAAUACUUCAUAUUCGGAUUCAACAUCAUCUUCUGGUUGUUGGGAAUGGCGUUUCUAGCAAUUGGACUCUGGGCGUGGAGUGAAAAGGGUGUGUUGUCGAACAUCUCCUCCAUAACGGACCUGGGGGGUCUGGAUCCCGUCUGGCUCUUCAUGGUGGUGGGGGCCGUGAUGUUCAUCCUGGGCUUCGCCGGCUGCAUCGGAGCGCUACGGGAAAACACAUUCCUACUCAAGUUUUUCUCUGUGUUUCUAGGUAUAAUAUUCUUCCUGGAGUUGACGGCUGGCGUGUUGGCGUUCGUGUUUAAGGAUUGGAUUAAAGACCAGCUCAACUUCUUUAUCGACAAGAACAUCAAGGCCUACCGAGACGACAUCGACUUGCAGAACCUCAUCGACUUCACACAGGAAUACUGGGAGUGUUGCGGUGCGUUUGAGGCGGACGACUGGAAUCUGAAUAUUUAUUUCAACUGUACGGACACCAAUCCCAGUAGAGAAAAGUGCGGAGUCCCGUUUUCAUGCUGCACAAAGGACCCCGCGGAGGACGUGAUAAACACACAGUGUGGAUACGACGUACGCGCCAAGACGGACUUGGAGCAGAAGGCCUAUAUCCAUGUGAAGGGUUGCGUUCCUCAGUUUGAGAGAUGGCUACAAGACAACCUGACUGUGGUGGCCGGAAUAUUCAUUGGCAUCGCACUGUUACAGAUAUUUGGCAUCUGUUUGGCCCAAAAUCUUGUCAGUGACAUCGAGGCAGUCCGAGCCAGCUGUCUGUUCACCUGAUGGGAGUUGAGCCGCUUCACUCCUGAGGACACAGGUGGUGGAGCCAUGAUGAGGGGUGAGCAUCAGUACCAACCAAAGGAUCCGGCUCUCAUCCGGCUGCCAUCCGGCUCCCACCCGGCUCACAUCCGGCUCCUCAAGCUGAACUGAAGUUCACUGUACAUAGUCUUGUAUAGAAGGAAAUACUGCGCACAUAUGUGUGUGUGUGCCUGUG